AUGGAAGCGCUACGCGUACAAGGCAAUAACCUUUUUAGCUCCCAUCCCGAUGAAGCCGUCACUUUUUACCUAAAGGCUCUUGAUCUUUACGAUGAAUACAGCAGGGCAGAGCCACAGCAAAAGUCAUCUCUUGCUGCGGGAGCGGAUGGCCCGCUGGUGUGCACCUUGGAAGAGUACACCAAGUGCGCCGGUAACGCGUUAACGUGCCUGCACAAGACUGGCCACAUAGAGGAGUGCCUCGCGCUAGCCAAUCGUGUCCUGCGCGUCAACCCCAUCUUGGCGAAGGCCAGCGCCUUUAUCGGGCGCUGCUUGCUUGCGCACCCCGAGCUUCAGCAAUGCGCACGUUCCUCUAGUGCGUCCUUACCGGCCGGCGCGACGCCGUUUUUGUUUCUCUGCCGCUCCGUCCUUCAGCUUCCCGCGCUGGGGGAGUCGGUGCGCCCAUACUUAGUAGCCGCGGUGGAUCAACUACGGCGGCAAUACGCCACGGGAAGGGAAGAACAGGGGGUAGGGCGUGAGGAUUCUCGAGACGCUACUCAAGUGGUACGGCUCGUGGACAUGGGCCAUGGAUGUGGUAGGGGUGUAGUCGCUGGCGAGAGCAUCUUACCUUUUACAUUGGUUAGCGACACACUGGAUGCCUUCUCAGCUGCGCCGUAUGAAGAGACAGGGGGAAAGGGUUGCUGUCUCCAUUGCGGGCAAUCCGUGGAGCGGCCUCAGGAGGGGUCCGAAGGGGAAGCGGGGUUUCCCAUGCAAGCCAAUCCUGUUAGUGCGUUCUGUUUCUGUAAAGGGUGUCAGAUGGCGUACUAUUGUUGCCAAAAGUGCGCGGAUGCCCACAGAGAAUGUCAUGAACAUUGGGAGUGUGAUCGCUUGAAGAAGCUGAAGGAGGCCUCUGCCAAGAUCACCGCCCACCAGCUGGAUGCCCCGGAGGAGUUCUAUGAGCUGGCGUUUCACUGCAUUACCACCAUCGCGGCCAUGAAGGUGCGUCGUGAGGGUCAUAACCGGGUCCUGCAGCUCGAGUCCCACGCUCAGGAGGUAUCGCAAGCGCUGCACCCCAUCGUAUCUUUAGUGCACAGUCUUAUGCCCGACGAAGACGCGACGCUCGUAGCCAAUGUGAUUGGGGUUUUGCGAUGCAAUUCACUUGAAGUGGUGGAUCCGUCCGGUCUUGGGGUCGGCCAGGUGCUUCACUGCGCUAACCUGAUAUCGUUUUUUAACCACUCCUGUGCACCUAAUUGUGCAUUGGAUACUAGGCGACCACGUCCGGGGAUCGUGACGACACGCACCAUAGCCAAGGGCGAGGAGCUGACCAUCAGUUAUAUCCCUCAACUCUAUUGGCCUGGCAAGCUUCGACAAGAGGCACUCAUUGGGCGCUACUUCUUUACUUGUCGAUGUCUGCGCUGCCUCGACGGUGAUACCGACCCCUUUGAACGAGCGAUAUGUAUGGAGCUGCCAGCCCCGCGGCACAGCAACCCAACUGAAUAUUUUCGCGGGAAGGUGCUGGCGACCUGCACAGAGAUGCGUGGCCUUUCCAUUGGCGAGAUAACUGCAGAUCACGUGUCUGAAUUGCUCAAGCUAUUGUGUGAAGUCAGAAAGGAUUUGUUUGCCUUUCACUAUCUCUGCCAUGAGAUUCGCAACACGCUUAGUUUCCUUUAUGCUGUGCUAAACAAACCGCAAGAGUGUCUGAACAGCUGCUUGGAAGAGCUUUUGUUGUGGGAAAGCCUAAUACCAGGGGCUCUUCCCAUUAAGCAAAUGAAGCUACAAAAUGCGCUUAACUGUUUAAUGCAACUUGGAAACGUGAAAAGUGGUGGUCAUGGUGGUGAUGCUACUACUCCCGUGCUGCUUGACUAUAUCGAAAGUCUUUCGUUGGCCUACGACGUAGCUGAGCUGGGUGAGUAA